AUGCAUUUCACAUUAUUCCUUUCUUAAUCUUAAUUAAUUUUAUAACGUUUUGCGUCCACUACGGGGAGCCUUGUUCAGAGCUGCCACUAUAUUUAUCCACGUGCCGGGUCCAUGGACCUCUGGAUCUACCCACUUCGAUUUGCCAAAGGCACGCGUAAAUACGGCAUUCCGGCCUCGACGGGCUUUGCUGCCGCCACGGCUUUAUUCGACUCAGCUCCUGCGCAUGUUCCGCCUAAGGGUCACCUUCAUUGGAUGUGCUGAGGGUUAAAGACCUGAGUCUCUUGAGCGCACUGAGGAGCAUAUCCCAGAGUUAAAAUGCUAUUGCUGUGCAGAAGUUUUCAAGGUAAAACCCAACCCAUAAAUAAAAUUGUUUGAAGGAGAGAAAAUUAGUGAGAUAAUUUCACUCGAACCGAAUGCCAUUUUAUUUAUCACAUUAUUCCUUUCACUAAUCAUUACCUUGGUGUAUGCAAACUUUUACAACCCUAAACUGAAGCAAGGCACGCUGACUUGCAAUUCUUACGGGUGUCCUCCGACAAAUUCAACAAUACCUAGUGAUCAUUGCAUAGUCGCAAACGGCGCAAACUAUUAUGUUUCGCCUUGCACAAAGGCUUCAACUCCUUAUUGCAACACAACUACAGGAUUAUGCACAGCAAAUCCAGCUAUAUCAGCUCUUUCAUACCCAGGCGAAGCUUGCAUAAGCAGUUCUAAUUGCUACAAUGGUGCUUCUUGUAAUAAAGGUAUCUGCUCUGGGAAUUCUUACCUUCAAGAGUGCUCGUCUCACGAAGACUGCAGUCCAGGCUUAAUGUGUGGACAAACAAAUAAAUGUAUUGGACAGAUUGCUAUCGGAGUUAGCGGCUGCAGAGAUUAUCAUGACUGUGUCAAUUAUGCUUCUUGCAAUUUAACUUAUAGCUCAUUGAACGGCGUUUGUGUUCAAUAUGCAACUUUAAAAAACGGAGCUGUCGUCACAGACUGUGAAAAUGGGUUUUCCCAUAUGUGUGCUUCAGCAACAUGCUCGAAAACUGGGGAAGAUUUUUAUUCAACUAUUGGAGUCUGCACUGAUGCACCUAUGUCUACUAGCGCUUUACCUACCAGCUGUGCCGCUGAUACAGACUGCCAAGGCACAAAUUCAGAUGGACUAUUCUUAACCACCUGCGAAUGUGGCUACACAAAUCCAGGAAAAGCCUUCUGCAAGCCUUUUAUUGGAGAUGUGCCAGGCCAGAAUUUUAUUAAAGCUUGGGUAAGUGCGAUGAAAGCAACUAAUAAAGUCUGCAAUACAGCCAGAAGAGCGGCCAACGCAUGCUUAACUGUUGCAGGAGCUUAUGAAUCAGCAUUAAUGGCAACCUGGGAGUUUGAUUAUUAUACAGCCCUUCAAGGAAAUGAUGCAUGCGUUAAAGCUGUUAUUACUGAUGAUUACUGGCAGCCUUCUGGAAGCAUUUUCUUAAUGCUCUCCUGCAUUUCUGCUUUAUUCUUAUAA